AUGGCUGAAAUAAAAAAACUUGGCAAGGAUGAACUUGGCACAGUUGCAGCGUUAAGUAAUUUCGAGCGAAGAGGAUGUAUACAUAGACAUAACCCUGUCUCGAGUGCCGAAUGUAUUGCAUCAAUUAUAGAAACCGACAAUCCUCAUAAUUACUGUGUGGCCACACAAGAUGGAUCGCUUCGUGAACGAUUUCGCGCCAUUCCUGGCGUCCCAUUAUUGUAUAUCAAUAGAUCCGUAUUAAUUAUUGAGCCACCUUCUUACGCCACAUUACAAAAGGCCAAACAGGUCGAGAAUGCAAAAACUUACAUGUCGACCGAGGAAUUAUCCUUUUUAACAAAAACUAAUUCUGAUACAGCAAAAAUACAAGCUGGAGUAGAGAAGACAAAAAAGAAACGUAAAGGACCGAAACAACCUAAUCCUCUGAGCUGUAAGAAGAAAAGGAUAAAGGUUAUACCUCAAAAGGCUAAAAAUGAAAUUGAACAAAUAAAAGAGCCAACCAACAAAAAGCGAGCGCGUGAUGAUGAUCAUACUGAUUUGAAUAAAGAAAUAAAUAAUGAGGACAAAAAAACUUCAAUAGAUAAUGAUGAUCGGCAGAAAAAGAAAAAGAGGAAAAGGAAGAAAUCAAAAAAAUCGCAAGAAUCAGGGAAGGUCGCAAAUACAACAGAUAAGAAACAAGAAGACGACAGAAUGAUUCAUAUAACUAGGAAUUAUUAA